UGAGGGGACCCCGCGAGGGGACCCCGGGACGGGCCGUGAGGCACCGCCGACCCCCCGCGCCCCGCCCGCAGCGCGCCCGCCGGGAGGAGGAGGCGGCGGCGGCGGCGGCGGCGCGGGGCCUGGGAAUGUGGCGGCCGCGGCGGCUCUGAGCCCUCCCUCCCCCCGCCAUCGGCCCGGCCGCCAUGGAGCCGCGGCGGUGACAGCGCCGACCCGCAGCGCCCGCCGCCCGCGGCGCCGCCGCCCGCAGACAUGGAUGAACAGGAGGCCUUGAAAUCCAUCAUGAAGGACCUGGUGGCUCUCCAGAUGAGCAGGCGUCACAGGCUGCCUGGCUAUGAUACCAUGAAGAAUAAAGACACUGCUCACACCAACAAACAGAAAAAACACAAUGCCAGCAGUCCCCCCCUCCUGGGCAGCCCUGCAAUAACAAACCAGUGUGCCUCUGCAGUGGAAGAAAAAAAAAUUCCGAAUGAUGUCAGGAUAAAGUUUGAACAUAACGGGGAGCGACGGAUCAUCCCGUUUGUCCGGCCCGUGCGUUACGAAGACGUGCAGCAGAAAGUGAAAACAGCCUUUGGGCAGCCCCUGGACCUGCACUACAUGAACAACGAGCUCUCUAUCCCUCUGAAAAACCAAGAUGACCUGGAUAAAGCUGUAGAUCUCUUAGACCGAAGCUCUAAUGUGAAAAGCCUUAGAAUAUUAUUGCUGUCCCAGGACAGAAACCAUACCAGUUCUUCACCCCAUUCUGGACUGCCCAAACAAGUCAGGAUUAAAACUUCCCAGUCUGUGGGGGAUGUGAGCACACCCUACCAGCAGCCAGAACCCAGAAGUAGGCAUCUGUCUGUCAGCUCCCAGAACACAGGGAGGAGUUCCCCCCCUCCGGGGUACGUUCCGGAGCGGCAGCAGCGCAUCGCCCGCCAGGGAUCCUACACCAGCAUCAACAGCGAGGGGGAAUUCAUCCCAGAAACCAAUGAACAGUGUAUGCUGGACCCUCUAAGCAGUGCUGAAAACUCGGUGUCAGGAAGCUGCCAGUCCUUGGACAGGUCAGCAGACAGUCCUUCUUUUCGGAAGUCACGGAUGUCAAGGGCACAAAGCUUCCCUGAUAAUAGACAGGAGUUCUCAGACCGGGAGAAUCAGAUCUACGACAAAGCAGGGAAAGGUGGGACUUACCCUCGGCGCUACAACGUCUCCAUGCAGCACAAGGACUACAACGAUGGCCGGAGGACGUUUCCCAGGAUACGGCGUCACCAGGGGAAUCUUUUCACCUUGGUCCCUUCCAGUCGUUCCCUGAGCACCAACGGGGAGAACCUGGGCCUGGCCCUGCAGUACCUGGACCCGCGGGGCCGCCUGCGCAGCGCCGACAGCGAGAACGCCCUGGGCGUGCAGGAGAGGAACAUCCCCACCAAAUCUCCAAGUGCUCCAAUAAACUGGCGACGAGGGAAACUGCUGGGCCAGGGCGCCUUCGGCCGCGUGUACUUGUGCUACGACGUGGACACGGGCAGAGAACUUGCAGCCAAACAGGUCCAGUUUGAUCCAGAGAGCCCUGAAACCAGCAAGGAAGUGAGUGCCCUGGAGUGUGAAAUUCAGCUGCUGAAGAAUCUCCAGCACGAGCGUAUUGUCCAAUAUUACGGCUGCUUACGGGAUCGGGCAGAGAAGACCUUGACCAUCUUCAUGGAGUACAUGCCAGGGGGGUCAGUGAAGGACCAGCUGAAGGCGUACGGAGCCCUCACGGAAAACGUCACCCGGAAAUACACUCGGCAGAUCCUCGAGGGAGUCUCGUACCUUCACAGCAACAUGAUUGUGCACAGGGACAUAAAGGGAGCCAAUAUUCUCCGUGACUCUGCUGGGAACGUGAAGCUCGGGGACUUUGGGGCCAGCAAACGGCUGCAGACAAUCUGUAUGUCUGGGACAGGCAUCCGCUCCGUCACGGGCACUCCGUACUGGAUGAGCCCCGAGGUGAUCAGCGGGGAAGGCUACGGGAGGAAAGCGGACGUUUGCCCUCUGGAAAAGGAAGAUCUGGAUUCCUGAGUCCACUGCUCCGGUGAAUAACUUGGGGCUGAUAUUGAUCCCGUGGGCUCUUAACAGCCCUGGCAGCAAAAGAGUUUCAAGUGGACAUGAAUGUAAUUAUGCCUCAAAAUUGAAUUACAUCUGGCCUCUUUAUGCCGGCAGAAUUGGGAAAAACUGGGAAUAAACUCAUUCAGGGGAGGGUGGAGGAGGAGUGCCAGGCUGACAAUAAGCUAUUUUGUCCAGUCCAAAUGUCACGUGGAGUUUCCUGCUGUUCCUUCCAGGGAGGGAAUAUUGAGUAUUAGGAUCCUUGAUGGAAUAUUGAGAAUAUAGGGAAUAUUGAGUAUUGGGAUCCUUGAUGGAAGGUGCUGCAGAAAUGGGGGAUAUUCUCUUUGACAAAGAAUUUGUCAGAGUCCCAGUAUCCUGAAACGGUUGAAACUGGGCAGAAAAAUGUCUGAGAUUCCCAUCAGAGAGGAACUUGGGGGAUUUGGUUGUCCCUGAGUUUGUUAGGAAACAAACUGGAGGCAUUUUGGGCUUGGUGUGACGAUUCUGUGCAUUCCAGGUUAUUUGCUUGCUCUCCAGAAGAUCUGAGCUUUGCCCAUUCUAGUGGCAGUAGGUUGCAGCAAUUUGGAUUUACUUUAUUUCUGGAGUAAUAUUCCAAAGGACUUGAUGCUCCAAACAGCUCCUGCUGCCAUUAAUUACCAACACAAAUUGCCCAGGAGGGAAACUGGUACCUGCUCAGGUGACACAUGUUAUUUCCAAGUGCCCAGAGCUGGGAUAACUUGCCCCAUAAAAACCAACAUUCCUGUUGUAAACGUAGGUUUGGGUGGGCAAAGGGGAGCUGAGUGAGGUCCCAGGGACUGGGGCUCACCUGGAGCUGGAUGGAGAGGGUUGAUCUGCCACCUUGGCACCUGCCCUUGGAGCUGGGAGUCAGUCAGGCUUUAAUUUUCAGGGAAAAAAAAAAAGAUAUGUCCUCUGUGUUUUAAUGGUGUUUGGGCUUCAGGUGUUUAAACCCAGCCUUGUUUAGGAGCAGAUCUCACUGGGCAGCUCUGAACUGCCCAGCUGGCAAAGGCAGCUGUGCCAGGGGCAGUUCAGAGGUGAAGGAGAGGAUUUUAUCCUCGCCACAAACGGUGCAGAGCAGGGAGAAAUGGCUUUAACCUGGAUUGUGCAGAAGACCUUGACCCAGUAGUCUCUAUAUUCCGACCGGGGGCUUGCAGUGCAAAGCCAGGCCAAUGUAUCGUUUUAUUUACAAUAAAAUUAUCAUUUAUAUGAAA